CUUUCUCUUAACAGUAUGUAAAACAUUAAUAGUUCCCUUUCGAAGUCACUGAUGAACGCAGCGAUAACAUGUCUGAAGAUGAUCUUUUAUACUCUAUUGUCAAUUUCACAAGAGGGAACGCCCAACUGGAGAGAGACAGGAAAGCGGGAGAGAGAGAGAAGGUGGCGUGCAGCAAAGGGACGUGGGACGGAUUCAAAAUCCCGGCUCCCAACAACAAACCGGACCCAACUGGACGCUGCACAGUGACAUCAGGGAGAGCGGCCUUGUUGGUCCUCGGUGCUCUGCUGGCAGCUUCUGUCGUCGCUUUUGGCCUGAUCUUUUAUGAAAUCAUCCAAACCAAGGAACGUCUCCAAAGGAUGACAGAUGAGCGUGACGCUGUGGUAAAGAAUCUCACAGCUGUUAUUCAGAGACGCUGUGAAGUCAAACCAUACAAACCAUGCGAAACGUGCCCUGAACCUCCUGAAGGAAACAUUGCUAACUCGUGUGAAAAAUGUGAAGAAGGCUGGAACAGUCAUGGAGGAAACUGCUAUUAUUUCUCCACCAUCAAGUUAAACUGGAAAGAGAGCAGACGUCAAUGCCAACAUCAAGGAGGAGAUUUGGUUAAGAUAGACAGCAACAAGGAGCAGGAAUUUCUGAAGCUUGAACUGAGCAAGAAAAUUGUUGAGGAUGAGGACAAGUUCUGGAUCGGACUGACGGACUCAAAGGAAGAAAAGAAGUGGUUGUGGCCUGACAACUCGCCACUGAGUUUGUCUUUUUGGAGUGCCAACGAGCCAGACAACUGGAUGGGACACAAUCCAGAAGGAGAGGACUGUGUGAGGAUGGGGGAGAGAGCCAGCAGCGCAGACCUGAAGUCUUGGUUUGAUAACUCCUGCAAAGUGCCUCACAAACGUAUCUGUGAGAAACCAGAACAAAGCGGACAUUUAAAGUGCGUCUGAAAUGCAGUUCAGCUUAAGUUUCGCUCAGCCUGUGAAGCUCAUGAUAAAAUAAAUAAAAUGCAGUUUCUUGAAUGUGCUCAACAAUUAAGGAAGGGAUCACAUGUAACAGAUGGUGGUGGAGGAAGUACCGUUUAAGUUAUUUUUUAUGUAAAAUAAUUGCAUCGGAUUUGCAAAACAAACAUUGUGAAGGUGUCACUUUGUACUCUGCGUAAUUGUGACGGCGUUUCUCACUAUUUUCAGAGUUUAAAAAAAUCCAACGAUCAAUUAAUGGAGAAAAUAUCAGCAGAUUAAUCCAUAAUGAUAAUGAUCAUUAGACGCAUAACUACAUGAAACAUAUGCUCCAGCUCAACUCCAAAAUUCAGCUUUUACAUUAAUGCACUGAGAAACAAUCUAAAUACAGUGUAUAAUAUAUAAUAGCAUCAACAGUCACAGGGGACAUACUUUAUGUAGUUGUAGAUGCAACUACUAUUCAAUGCAGAACUAUUACUGGGAGUAUUUUUACAGUUAUAUACAGUAUAUAUAUAUAUAUAUAUAUAUAUAUAUAUAUAUAUAUAUAUAUAUAUAUAUAUAUAUAUAUAUACACAGUUUGGCAUUAGUACUUGAGCACGUAUUCCUUUAUUUUCUGUCAAUAGACAAAUAAUUUCAGCUGUAUUUAUGUAAACAAAAUAUAAUAUUUUAUAAUCUCACGUCUUUUAUGCAAAAAUCUUAAUUAUUUUAAUUAGUAACUAGAGCUGUCAGAUACAUGUAAUAUUUCCCUCUGAUGUGGUGAAGUAGAAGUAGAAAGUGGCAUGAGAAGUACCUCCAAUUUGUACUUAAGUACAUACAAGUACAGUACUUGAGUAAAUGUACGUAACCAGCUUUUUACUGAACUUCUUAAUUUGUGCUACAACAGCUCGGGUCACCUGUAAAAAUCCAAUAAACCUUUUUCAUCCAUUA